UUCACUCGUUUUUGCUCUUCUUUUCUACCAAUUUUCUGCUUUCUGCCCCCAUGUGGCUCUAGCUUCUCUUCACUCGCCUCCUCUCCCUCUUCUCUCUCAUAAUUCAUUCAUUUCUCAAAGAUUCCAACCUUUUCCAGCUUCACUAUCUCUUAAUGUGAUCAAGUUUCUUGGGGUGAAAGAUGGUUGCAGAGUCUUGGUUUCGCAAUUUGUGGAAAAUUCCUCGAAAGCAUGAAGGCGGUCCUCUGAAAGAGGUGAUUGGAGUAUUAGCCUUUGAAGUUGCCAGCUUGAUGUCUAAGUUGGUUUAUCUUUGGCAAUCGUUGAGUGAUAAGCAGGUUGCCAGGUUGAGAGAGGAGAUUAUGAAUUCUGUGGGUAUAAAAAAGCUUGUGUCGGAGGAUGAAGAGUUCAUUGUGAAUUUAAUACGUUUAGAGCUGAUAGAGAAUUUGACCCAUGUGGCAAAAUCUGUGGCCAGGCUUGGGAAGAAGUGUAAUCAUCCUGGUUUGAAGAGUUUUGAGAAUGCUUACGAAGAAUUGAUCAAGAUUGGUGCCGACCCAUUUGGAUGGGGUUUUACAUUGAAGAAGAUGGAAAAGAAAGUUAAGAAGAUGGAACGUUUCAUUUCGAUAAACGCCACUUUGUACCAAGAGAUGGAAAUGCUUUCGGAUCACAAACAGACUCUCAAGAGAAUGAAGGGUAAUGAUAGUGACUUAGAGGAUUUGCUUCAGUUUCAAAGGAAGGUUGCAUGGAAGGAGCAGGAGGUGAAGAAUCUGAGGGAGAUCUCUCUUUGGAACAAAACCUAUGAUUAUACAGUUCUCCUUUUGGCAAGAUCACUAUUCACAUUAUUUUGUAGGAUCAAAGAUGUCUUUGGAAUCAACUCAAGUGUAGAUGUUGAUGAUUCUAGGGAUUUCACUUCUGAUUAUAUAAACCGCAGCCACUCAGUUUCUGCAUUAAUGCAAUCUUCAGUUCAUCCAUCCGAUAAUUCUGGCAUUGCUAGAUUUUCUUCGGGUCCCCUUGGAAUGUUUACUAGUAACGCAGGCCCAAAUUCAAAACCUAAAAAUAUGAAUAAUUACCAUUCAGAUCCUCUUAUUGCUGCAAGCACAAAAUCAGGUGCUCUUAUUGCCGCAAGCACAAAAUCAGGUCCUCUUUCUGGAAAGAAUAACACUGUCAACUUCUAUUCAGGUCCCCUUGGUCGAUCAACUGCAAAAUCGGGUCCAAUUUUUGGGAAGGAUACUAAAAGUGGCAAGAAGAUGUGGAAGAUUCGUGACAUGUCACUUGGCUUUAGUGGGAAGAAACCACCAACUAAAACCAACCGGUUGACUCAAGUGGGACCAUUCAAAGGAUGCAUGAUGGCUGCUGAUGGUUCUUCUGUCGCCAAUUGUUAUUCAAAUCCAGGUGCUGUUCAUUUUGGAAUUCUCAAUGGAGCCAAAGAUGGCAGUGUAGAUCGCCUACGUCAGGGAAACACAGUUUAUGCUAAAUUUUCGGUCUUAAAUUGCAAGGGCAGGCUGUUGGAUGCUCCUCCUGAAACUCUUGGUGCUGCUGCUUUAGCUUUGCACUAUGCAAAUGUAAUUAUUGUCAUUGAGAAGCUAGUGGUAUCCCCUCACUUGAUUGGUCAUGAUGCAAGAGAGGACUUGUACAAUAUGUUACCUGCAAGUCUACGGGCUGCUCUGAGAGCACGAUUAAAGCCAUACACAAAGAGCUUGGCUACAUCAGUUUAUGAUACUGUGCUUGCAGGAGAGUGGACUACAGCAAUGGCGGCGAUAUUGGAAUGGUUGGCUCCACUUGCUCAUAAUAUGAUAAGAUGGCAAUCUGAGCGGAGCUUUGAGCAGCAGAACUUAAUUUCCAGGACAAAUGUUCUUCUAGUACAAACCCUCUACUUUGCGAAUCAAGAAAAGACAGAAGCAACAAUCACUGAGCUUCUUGUUGGCCUUAAUUAUGUGUGGAGAUUCGGUAGAGAAGUCAAUGCAAAAGCUUUGCAGGAGUGUACUAGCGGUAGAAUAUUUGAUGAAUGCGUGGGUUUGGAUGGGUAAAUUAUUCUCUGGUUGUGGUAAUCACAGAUACAAAUCACAUUUGCCUAAAAAAUUCACUGGCUUUAGGGGUCAUAUGGUUGCGAACAUUCCAUCUCCUGGCUAGUCCAUUGAGCUUUCCAUUAUAACUGCAGCGUAGGUUAAAGCCAUUCACACACUACCGGAGUUCUUGAUACUGAAAGGCACUCUUGGUGAGUUGAAGAUAUAGUUUGAAAUUUAAAAAGUAUUGUCUUUGGUGAGCAAUGAUGAUGUUUUUUCUAUCUGCCAUUAUCGGCUUCUCUAUUUGCUUCCUCAUAAAGUAGUAGUCUAUGCUUUGAUUAAGGUAUCAUUCGAUGAUGAAAUUUGUAUAUUUAUAAGCCAUAUACUUUUAUAUUAAGUGUAAAUCAUCCAUGUUAGGCUUUUUAUUCAUGUACUCAUGGUUGAGAAUGCAUGUUUCUAAAUAGCUUUGCUUCUAUAAAUGCAACUAUAUGAGUUUUGCGCCGCAUUUUGCUUA